AUGCCAUCUCAGAGUUCGAGUUCUUCAUCAGCGAAUGGGCUGAUUUCGCCCAUCCGACCCGUCCGUAUCACGAGGGGGAAGAGUGAAAGCGUGAUGGUAAACGAGGGCUGCUUUGUAAAUCUGUGGAAUCAUUUGGGCGGCAGCGUCACGCUUACCGAAACCAGGCGCUUCUACGAUAUAAAAGCUAAUGCUUACGACGAGGAGAUGACUGAAUUGAACUAUAAAGGCCCGAAAGUAAUUUUCGAGAAAUUCAGGGAGCUGCGUAUAAGCCGAGGAAGCCGAAUCCUGGACGUUGGUUGCGGUACGGGCUUGUUGGGCGUCGAGCUUAAGGCUGCCGGCUUCUGCCAGAUCCACGGCAUUGACAUGAGCUCUGAGAUGCUCCGUAUCAAUCGGAAGAAGGGAUCAUACUUGAGUCUCGGUCUCACCAUGGUUGAACCUGACACGGAUCUGACCUCCUUGAGAGAUUUCGACGUAGUUUGUCUUCUCUCUUCUUUGAGGCCUGGCCACAUAUCGCCCGCGUGUCUCGAGAACUUAUCGACCUGUCUCACGUCGGGAGGAUAUUUGAUUUGGGCUCGGAGCUCGGAUAUACCAUCAGGUCAUUUUACAGAUUCGUUUGACGAAGAUACCUGGUCGGAGGUCAAGGGAAAACUAAGCACCCUCGGCAUCCUUUGCUUGGAAGAGUCAUUCAUCGAGCUGUUUGUGAGGGACAAGCCCGGAAUGAUUGGGGUUCUCAGAAAAAUGUAG